AUGGGAACUACUGGGAAUAGUCAGGCUAUGACAAGCACUGGAAAUAAUAAGGACACUGGAGCCAGUAGGACCAAUGAGGUAAUGGGAACUACUGGGAAUAGUCAGGGUAUGACAAGCACUGGAAAUAAUAAGGACACUGGAGCCAGUAGGACCAAUGAGGUAAUGGGAACUACUGGGAAUAGUCAGGCUAUGACAAGCACUGGAAAUAAUAAGGACACUGGAGCCAGUAGGACCAUUGAGGUAAUGGGAACUACUGGGAAUAGUCAGGCUAUGACAAGCACUGGAAAUAAUAAGGACACUGGAGCCAGUAGGACCAAUGAGGUAAUGGGAACUACUGGGAAUAGUCAGGCUAUGACAAGCACUGGAAAUAAUAAGGACGCUGGAGCCAGUAGGACCAAUGAGGUAAUGGGAACUACUGGGAAUAGUCAGGCUAUGACAAGCACUGGAAAUAAUAAGGACACUGGAGCCAGUAAGACAAGCAAGGACAUGGGAGCCACUGUAAACAAUGAGUAUAUGAAAAGCACAGAGAAUAAUGAGGGUAUGAAUAUGCAUGACCAGCGAGGAAUUAACAAGCAUUUGACAUAA